AUGUCUAUUGACAGGCAGAACAAAUAAUGCUGUUCCACAACAUGGCAAAAAGUAAUUCCCCUGUGUGCACCCGUUGCCAUAAAAGCAAUAGAACAAGAUCAGGUUCAUGUUCAACUAAACAGACAUUUCAGAGAGUAAUUGACUUAAAACAAGAACAGUAUUAUUUCAUUAUUCAUAUUUUAGGUGACAUUUUGUUUGGUAGUAUUUUGUGAGAUUUGUCCAAAGUUCAAUGAGGGUUGUAAAAAAAAAAAGGUUUGACUCAAAGACAGAAGACAGAGCUAGAGGCAGAGUUAAAGAUGUUAAAAUUUGCUUUGGGAGUGAGGAGGAUGAACAGGAUCAGGAUGAAUAGCUCAUCAGAGAGGCCGCACAGACUGAAAGUGUUCUAAACAAAGCUAGAGAGGUCAGAUUGAGAUGAUUUGGAGAAUGUGCGGAGGAGCAGGGAUAUGUAGAUGAUUGCUGGAAGUAGAGCGACCGGGUGGGAGGUAAAAAGGAAGACCAAAGAGGAGAUUGGUGGUUGUGGUGAUAGAAGACUUGCACAGAGUUGAAGUAAGAGCAGAGGAUGCAGAGGACACAUCUUGAUGACUCGCAGUGGUCAGUGGUCGCCCUGGAAUAGACUCAAGUCGAAAGGAAAUAGACGACAUCAUGGCCAUUGUUUUUCUUCCAUUUAAAUGGACUCGCAGCGGUUCCAAGCCGUGACGUCUCCUGCCCGGUAUGGAACACACCCCUCCUCUCGAGCCUUGGUCGGAUUUCAGGACGCGAUGGAUUUCAGCGUUAAAAAGCUUGCUACGGGGGCUGGAUUGCUUUUUUCACGAGCUGUGCAGUUUACAGGCGAGAAGCUGGGUCAGGCGGAGAAAACCGAGUUGGAUGCUCACGAUGAAAACCUAAUGAUUCACGCAGACUGCACCAAAAACUGGACUGAGAAAAUCUACAGGCAAGCAGUGGUCUUGCUGCAGCCCAAUCCAAUUGACCACACUGGUGCUAGAAUUGAAGAGUUUCUCUACGAAAAGUUGGACAAAAAGGUACCAUCCAGAGAUACCAAUGGGGAACUUCUAGGUCAAUAUAUGCAAGAUGCUGCUCACGAAUUUGGUCCUGACACUCCAUAUGGAAGUAGUUUAAUCAAGGUCGGAGAGUGUGAGAGAAGAUUAGGAGCAAUGGAGAGAGAGUUCCUUCAUACAUCAGCCAUUAGUUUUCUUACACCCCUCAGGAACUUUCUGGAAGGAGAUUGGAGGACUAUUACAAAAGAACGACGUCUAUUAGAGAAUCUUCGUCUUGAUUUGGAUGCUGCUAAAGCACGUUUGAAGAAAGCCAAAGCGGCGGAGGCAAAGGCUGCCUGCGAGGGUGAUGUGGCUCCAGAUUUUCAGGAGACCAGACCACGGAACUAUGUGCUCUCUGCCAGUGCCUCUGCUCUUUGGAGUGAAGAAGUUGAAAAAAUUGAACUUGAACUCAGGGUUGCCCAAUCUGAAUUUGACCGACAGGCAGAGGUCACACGGCUUCUUUUGGAGGGUAUCAGCAGCACACACGUGAAUCACCUCCGCUGCCUGCAUGAGUUCGUCGAGGCCCAAGCAACUUAUUAUAAGCAGUGUCACAUCCACAUGCAAGAACUACAGAAAGAACUUGGAAGAUUAUUACUGUUUACACAAUCCCAGGAAUGGACUGUGACUGGCUAGUUGGUGAAAAGGGGGACCAAAAAGGAAAAGUGCCGAUCACAUACCUGGAGCUUCUCAGCUGAAGAACACACUAACACCAAAUUUUAUGAAUGGGUACUACUGAAGUCAGCGCAAUUCAUUUUUCCAGUUCCUCAUACUCUCCUUUCACUAGCAUGACAGUACAUACAGCAGCUGUUUGAUCUAAUUUACAAGCUUCACAUAGCUUCCAAUGUGUUACAAGUAGUGACACCUGUUUGACCACAAUGUGCCCAGUCUGUGACGCAAGUUAAUCUACAAAUUGAAUAACUUUCAAAACACAAGUUCCUGUUGACUUAGUGCAAAUUCCAUUUCGAAUUACAUGUUCCGUGUGUACAUUUGGAAUUAUUUACUCCAUAAUGAUAAUGAUGUCUCGAAGUGGCUUGAAAGGGACUACUGACCCAAGGUGGUUACGUUUUCACAAACAAACUCACGUUAUGUAUUUCUUGCUCAGGAAUAAUAAAUUGGCAUUAAUUUCUGUUAGG